AUGGAAUUGACCGAUCUAUCGCGGCCUCACCGGGCGGUCGGCUCACGUGACACACACAAGCAGACGCGUGCAAGCGCCCGGGCACCUCACGACCGACUGGUGGCCAACUGGCCACAGCUGGUCAGCUGCCCGGUGCCCUGCCCGCGACGGACCGCGGCCAUCAAGCAUCGCACGUCUUGCUCGGUGUCGCUCCACCUUGUGCGAAGAAAGUGUUCGGGGCCCACGCGGUGGUACGUGGCUGGUGGCGGCCACGGCGGCGUGCGCCGAGGCGAGGUCGCGCCCGAGACGUCACCGGCUGCCGCCGCCGCAGGGCCGCACUCGCAGCCAGAGAAAAAUAAUACAUUUUAUACGGAGAUGUUACAGAGCGGUCGACCUCUCUGCCUGUACUACUUCACGCACCCUUUCGGCGUGCUGUCACCGGAGCCACCGCGCGUCGCGGCCACAUUCGCGGCGGCACCGGCGGACGGCGCCGGCGUGGUGAGCGUGGCCGGUGCGCGCUACACCCUCGACCUGGGUGCCGGUUUCCCCGCCACCUCCUGGUUCCCGACGCCCUUCCCUGGCGACAUGUGGUCAUCACCAGGGGCGGAUGUAGGGAUGGGGGCGCGGUGGCCCGGCGGGCGCCUUCUGCCGCCGCUCCGAGUGGCGCGCCCGCCCCCGCCCAGUGUCUGGACCCGCUCCUCGUGCACCGGCAGCGGCAAGCGCUCGCUGCCCCCGCUAUCCGCCGCCCCCUUCCCGCCCAGCGCCCCCUCCACGCCGCCCCGCGACCGCGCUCCCCGCCCCCGCACCCUCGCGUUACGCAAGCUCGGGCGCGGGCAACGGAAGACCAUAAAAGGUACGCAGCAAGAUUUU